AUGGUCCAAAUGGUGCUUGAUUCAUUGUCUUUUCUAUACACUACGACUGCUAGAUUUCUAGGUAAGGGAAUCACAGACAACGUCCUACAACCACCAAUUCUAACCUCAUCUCCAGAACUUCAUCAAACCAACAACGUCAACGCCAGAAAAUAA